AUGGGAUCCAACAUAGGGUUGAAUCUUGGGUAUAAUGGAACCCACCCUUUCUCCAAAGUGAAAAUCACCGACAGAAACUCUGUGCAAGAGUUACUGAGAACUUUACUUGACCCGCUGGAGCCGUUUUUCUCGCCACAAAAAGCCAGAGUCAAGUGUCCAGGUGCAACAGCAGUGAGAUUCGACCAGACCGCAUCCGAGGUCGAGGGUAUAUGUCGACCGCUUUGGGGUCUGGCUUGCCUAUUGGCAGGCGACGGAGACUACCGCGGUACAGAGUGGUGGGUUCAAGGUGUCAAGUCAGGUACUGACCCAGACAGUCCUGAGUACUGGGGAUACCCGCGCGAUAAUGAUCAACGAAUGGUCGAGAUGUGCCCGCUUGGGUUUGCUCUUGCUGUCGCUCCAGUAUUCUGGCAGUCAAUGAACGAAAAGGAGAGGGGCAAUGUCGAGGCAUGGUUGGGGAACUCCGUCAACGAAAAGAAUAUGCCAAAUACCAACUGGCUUUGGUUCAGAGUUUUCGCGAACCUUGGACUCAAGAAAAAUGGAGGGAAGUUUUCUCAAGAGAGACUCGACAGCGACAUCGAGCAUCUGAACACGUUUUAUCGUGGUGACGGUUGGUCAAACGAUGGGCCAGAAGGCAUUCACCAGAUGGACUACUACUCGUCGAGUUUUGCUAUUCAUUUUCUUCAGCUGCUAUACGCAAAACUGGCUGGCGAAGAAGAACCAGAGCGAGCAGCAGAAUUCAAAAAGCGUGCUCAGGUUGCUGCUUUGGACAUGGUACACUAUUUCGAUAACGAAGGUCGAGCAAUCCCGUUUGGUCGCAGCGUAGGCUAUCGAUUUGCAAUGGUUUCAUUUUGGGGAGCCCUUGCCUAUGCCGAUGUUGAACUGCCGGAGCCGCUUACUUGGGGCAUGGUGAAAGGGAUUGUCCUCAGACAUCUCCGAUGGUGGCAGACUCAGCCAGAUAUCUGGAGUGCUAGUGGCACACUUACGAUUGGGUAUUCAUACCCAAACAUGUAUAUGGCCGAAAACUAUAACAGCCCUGGGAGUCCUUACUGGGCAUGUCUCGCCUUCAUCUGCUUAGCUGUGCCGGCUGAUCACCCUUUUUGGACAUCGGAGGAAGAAUCGGCUGCAGAUGUGAUACCGAAAGUCAAGGCCCUAAAGCAUCCAGGACAUAUCAUGAGUUACCAUGGAGGUCAUUGUAUGCUCCUAUCUUCAGGGCAAGCGUGUAGUUAUCCAAUGAAGGGGACUCAUGCCAAGUAUGGAGCUUUCGCAUACAGUAGCGCCUAUGGAUACUCUGUACCGCCGGGCCUUUUUAGUUUGGAGCAGUAUGCGCUUGCAUCACAACUAGGCCUUUCGGACGAUGGUGGCGAUUACUGGAAAACUCGAAGAAAGUCUGAGUAUGCUGGUCUGGAAAAUCGAGAUGACCAACCUGUGCUCGUCUCAGUCUGGAAACCAUUUUCAGAUGUCACAGUCAAGACAAUUCUGGUUCCGUCCAGCGAGUCUUCACCAAAUUGGCAUAUUAGAGCCCACAAGAUUGAGGCCGGCCGUGAAGUUAUGACCGCUGAUGGAUCAUUCGCAAUCAGCAAUCAAAGGUCAAUUGAUGGACGUUACUUGGACGCAUACGAUGCCGACAAAGGGGAAGGCACGUUCCCAAAGAUUAUCGGAAAUUAUGACCUCAACAGUCCAGAGGGUUGGUCGACAGGUCGUCAGGGGGCCUACGCCGUAUCGAAAGGAGCUGUUGGUAUACGGGCCUUGGAAGUCAAUGUUGAACGGAGUGCUAUGCUUGUCAAUGCGGAUCCGAACUCCAACCUGGUCGAAAGCCGUACGGUGAUUCCAACACUGCAGCAUACCAUCAAGAAAGGGGAGGUGGUUUGGUACGUUUCGGCAAUCUAUGCCAAGCCUUCAAGCGAGGGGGUCUCCAAGCAGAGUUACCUUGGUGGAUGGGACAAAGUACCUAAGAUCCCGAGAUGGCUCAGUGAUGAGAUUGUGGCAUGA